GACAGGCAGAGAGCUGUGUCCUCAGGUGGACACAGAGCAACAUGAGCAGCACACAUAUGAGACCUCAGCACAAAGAUUUUUACAAAAUUAAAUGUGAUAAACUGAAAUUCAACAUGAACUCAAACAAACAGAGUCAGCUCCACAGACACAGUGACAUAUGUCCCUGCGUGUCUCAGCCUGAGAGACAACACACACACACACACACACACACACACACACACACACACACACACACACACACACACACACACUUCAUUUCCUCCUUCACUUCAUGAGGUUGUUAUUUAAAAUGUGUCUCUGGGUUUGUAUUAAAACAUUGUUGUUAACUGAUAUUUUCCACUGCAGAGACAGAAACACAGAGACAGACAGACAGAGAGACAGACAGACAGAGAGACAGAGAGACAGGCAGACAGACAGAGAGACAGACAGACAGACAGGCAGACAGAGAGACAGAGAGACAGGCAGAGAGACAGGCAGACAGAGAGACAGAGAGACAGGCAGAGGGAGGGAGAUAAGAGUAAUAAAAGUGACCAUGUGACUGCAGCAGGUUUUAACGGACAGCUGAUGGGGAGACUGCGCACACACACACACAGACACACAGACAGAGGACGGAGGACAGGUGGAGGUGUGAACAGGUAGAACACACCGUGAAGCUCACUUUACCUGCAGACCAGGUGAGAGGCAGACAGAACAGAGGACAGGUGGAGAUUCGGACACAGAGUGAAGCUCAGUUCACCUGCAGACAGGUGAGACAGGGAGGACACCGAGGGGACACCGAGGGGACACCGAGGGGACACCGAGGGGACACCGAGGGGACACAGAGGGGACACAGAGGCAGGCUGGAUCCACAGUAUGCUGAGGGAGUCCCCUCACCUGGAAAGAUGUACGUGAGUUACCUGCAGCUGGACAAGGACCCCGCCAUGUACCCGCACCAGACCCCGGUGACCCGCCACCCGGGCCUCAGCCCGCAGAACUUCUCGGUCCCGGCCCCGCCGCAGUACUCAGACUUCUCCGCCUACCACCAUCACCACCACCACGGCAUCAACAACGACCCUCACCCGUCUCAGCAGCCCGGCCCGGGGCCCGGCGGCUGGAGCUCGGCCUACCCGCCUCCUCCUCCGCCGGCCCGGGACGACUGGUCGUCCCAUCACUACGCCGCAGCCGCAGCCGCCGCAGCCGCCGGGGGGACUUCCGCCGCCUCCACGGUGCCCGGGGUGGUGGGUCCUCCUCUGGGCUUCAGCCCCCCGGAGUUCCCCGGACAGCCGUCCGCGCUGCUGCCCGCGGCCCUGAACGCCUCAGCGGGGCAGCUGUCCCCCGGAUCCCCGCAGAGGAGGAACCCGUACGACUGGAUCCGCCGGAGCUCCGCGCCGCCCACUAACCCCAAUGGAAAGACGCGGACUAAGGACAAGUACCGGGUGGUUUACACGGACCACCAGCGUCUGGAGCUGGAGAAAGAGUUUCACUACAGCAAAUACAUCACCAUCAGGAGGAAGGCGGAGCUCGCCACAUCGCUGGGUCUGUCAGAGAGACAGGUGAAGAUCUGGUUCCAGAAUCGUCGGGCCAAAGAGCGCAAGAUCAACAAGAAGAAGCUCCAGCAGCCGGCCUCCUCCACCACCACGCCCACGCCUCCCACCGGCAGCAACGGCAGCGGAGGAGGAGGUGGCGGCAGCCUGCACGGAAAUGGCGGGAACAGCGUGGGCAUGGUGACGAGCAGCAGCGGCAGCAAUGGGCUGGUGUCGCCUUCCUCCCUGCCUCUGAACAUCAAAGAGGAGUACUGAGAGGAGGAUACGAGAUGUUUCAUCGGACGCUAGCGUUGGGGAUCUGGACUAAAAAAAUUCUCCCCGAUGGACUGAGAAACUGUUUUCAUCACCUCCUGCCGCGUUUCUGUCGUCCUCUUAAAGCUCGUUGACAGUGUGAGAAAAUAUCGUUGGGCGACGUCACUGACAGUUGCAGAUGAUUGUGGUCAGAUGUUUGCUUGCUGGGACGUCAGCCUGGUUGCACGUUAACAGCUAACUGUUUGACUGCAACGAGUCCAAAUCACUGCGGACUUUUCUCCAAACUUUUCUGCUGAACUUGAUAUUCUUGUUUCCAUCUGAUGGAACGAUGCAGCUGUACAACUCAUGUAGCUUCAGUAAAGAGCUGCAGCGAGCAGGCGAGACGAUACUGUCAGACAGUGUGAAACAUAUCUUUGUUUUUUAACUCUAAAGCUACUUAAUUCAUGAUGUUCAGGGUAAAUCAAGUUUCCAGAUAUUUGUUUUUUGCUUGAUGAUGAUGAUGCAUUUAAAAAAAGAUUUAUUCUGCCUCUUUCAGAAAUGUUUUCUCACCCACAGAGGAAAAUAAAGUCAUGUGACAGCAGCAUGUUUAUGUUUCUGUAUAUCUAAUGCCCUGCAGGACGUGAUCAGGAACAGACUCUUCAGGACAAACGUGCUUAACGUAAAGUCCACUUCAGGCCAAAGAUUCACGACGAGACGGCGUAUCAUCUCUGGUCAACGUCUCUCUGUGCUUCUGAUCUGUGACAUCGACAGGAAGUGACCGCCAUGAGACGGCGUAUCAUCUCUAGUCAACAACUCUCUGUGCUUCUGAUCAGUUCACAACACUGACACUUUUCUCUGCAGCAUAUAAAAAGGUUUCGUCUUGUCGUGAAUCUUUGGUCUGAACUAGACUUAGAGAGUUGGACGAGUUACUGGUUCUGAAAGUGUUUUUCCCAUUUAAAGGUUUUCUUUCAAUCACCUCUUCGAUAUUACAGAACGUAGAAACUCUCACACAGUUUUAUGUUCUGACUGCCAGCUUUAAUUAUUUCAACUUUAAAUCAGGUAAAAGGAACGAGCCGCCCUGCUCUCCCUCUGACUGCACUCGUUGCCUUUGAUCGUUUUGGUUGGUUAAGUUCAGGCAGGAGAAGUGAGAUUGGUUUGAUAGGGGUCAGGAUGUCAGAGGGAGCCAAUCAGAUGCAGAGUUAGGCCUCGAUCACACAGAAAAGGUUUUGCAGGUUGCAAAAUGUGAGGCGCACGGCAUUGCCUUUUUUUUUCUUUUUUUUUUUUUAAAUUGAAUGCCACUAUUAAAAACACUUGCUGCACCUUUUUAUUGUUGCCAGGCAACCACCCCAUCACCUCCUCACCCUAACCUUCCUGUGUGAUCAGUCUACAGUUUGUGUAUCCUGCAGUAAUCAGUGUGUAGCUGCUGCCAUGUUGAGGCAGAGGGUGCUGUCUGUAGCUCUGGUUGAGGGUGAGAGGCUGUCAGCAGAUAAACAGAGAUCUGUGUGGGUACAUGAGACCCUAAAAAAGAGGCUGGAUCAUGGGGAGUACCACCAGUUGGUCCAGGAGCUUCUCCUCCAUAUUUUAGGACGACUCAGGGACAGUUUGACAACCUGCUGUCUAUCAUCAGGCCGUAUAGCUCUGGGUAUCCAGCAACCACUACCACCAGUUUCUCCUCCAUUGUUUACCAACUGUAAACUUGGUAAACUUUGUGAAGAGGCCUGCCUCUCAAAUCAUUCCACUGGAUGCUCUGAAUUGAACUUUCUUCAACCGAGGAGUUCAGGGCGCUCUGGCAAAAACACCAAACACAUAGAGCACAGAAACACAAGGUGCGUAGCAACGCAAAAAUUAGCAAAAAGUUUAAUUCUCAGUAAAAACAAUAAGAAAAAAACGCCUCCAGCUGAUAAAACGCUUUCUGUGUGAUAUACUACAGACUCAUCCAUUCAUCCAUUUUCAUCUGCGUGUCCGGGGCCGGGUCGCGGGGACAGUGGGCCAA